UUCUCCUGUUUCCCAGUCUCCGCCAUUAGACACACAGGAAGAGUAACGCUGUGGAAAUGGGGAUUAAAAUGGUUUAAAAAAAACUGAAAAGAAAAGGGGGCGGAAAGGGGAUAAGUGUCGCGAAAGUGACUGUUUCCGCGAGGUUUAACGAGCGAAGGGUGGGGAAUGGGAGUCGCGGUUAAGGAAGGGUCGUGGAAUUAAACGGAGAAAAAAUAGGGAUCUGGAAAAGCUCGAGAGGACGGGGGACUGGGGCUGCCCGAGGAAGGGUUUGUUGUGGUUUGAGCACCAGGGAGAGGAGCGUAAACACUGUAAAAGCAGCUUGCCUCCUGCCCGAUCCCCUUGAGAAGGCAGCCGGAGCGUGCGGAGCGAGCGGUCAGCGAUGACGGAGCUGGGGGUGAAGUGGGCCUGCGAGUACUGCACCUACGAGAACUGGCCGUCUGCCAUCAAGUGCACCAUGUGCCGUGCCCCGCGGCCCAGCGGCACCAUCAUCACCGAGGAGCCCUUCAAGAGCGGCCCGGGGCUGGACGGCGGCCGCGAGUGGGACGCGCCCGGCACGGAGGGCGGCGGCGGCGCCCUGCUCAUCUGCCCGGACUCCAGCGCCCGGCCCCGCGUCAAGGUGGCCAGCGUGGCGGAGACCAGCAGCAAGUGGUCCUGCCAGAUGUGCACCUACCUGAACUGGCCGCGCGCCAUCCGCUGCACGCAGUGCCUGUGCCAGCGGCAGCGAACCCGCAGCCCCACGGACUCCCCGCACACCUCGGGCUCGGGCAGCCGGCCGGGCCCCCCGCCUCAGGACCCCUGCGAGGAGUACAACGACCGCAACCGGCUCAACACCCGCGCGCAGCACUGGACCUGCUCGGCCUGCACCUACGAGAACUGGCCCAAGACCAGGAAGUGCGUGGUCUGCGACCACCCCAGGCCCAACGGCCAGGAGGCCAUCGAGCUGGCUGAGCCCGAGGACCCGUCCUCCAUCAUCAACGAGCAGGACCGGGCCCGCUGGCGGAGCGGCUGCAGCGGGGGCCAGAGGCGCUCACCGCCCACCUCCAAGAGGGAGCAGGAGCUCAAGAUGGACUUCCAGCGCAUCGAGCUGGCGGCCGGCGCCGUCGGCAGCAAGGAGGAGCUGGAGGUCGACUUCAAGAAGCUGAAACAGAUAAAGAACCGCAUGAGGAAAACGGACUGGCUCUUUCUCAAUGCGUGCGCGGGUGUGGUGGAGGGAGACCUGGCUGCGGUGGAGGCGUAUAAGUCGUCCGGCGGGGACAUCGCGCGGCAGCUGACAGCUGACGAGGUGCGUCUCCUCAACCGCCCCUCGGCCUUCGACGACGGCUUCACCCUGGUGCACCUGGCCAUCCGCUUCCAGAGGCAGGACAUGCUGGCGGUGCUCCUCACAGAGGUCUCCCAGCAGGCGAGUAAGUGCAUCCCGGCCAUGGUGUGCCCCGAGCUGACGGAGCAGAUCCGCAGGGAGAUCGCCGCCUCCCUGCACCAGCGAAAGGGCGACUUCGCCUGCUACUUCCUCACCGACCUCGUCACCUUCACACUACCAGCAGAUAUUGAGGACCUGCCCCCCUCCGUUCAGGAGAAGCUGUUUGACGAGGUUCUGGACCGUGACGUACAGAAAGAGCUGGAGGAGGAGUCCCCCAUCAUUAACUGGUCGCUGGAGCUGGGGACGCGGCUGGACAGCCGGCUGUACGCCCUGUGGAACCGCACGGCCGGGGACUGCCUGCUGGACUCGGUGCUGCAGGCCACGUGGGGUAUCUACGACAAGGACUCGGUGCUCCGCAAGACUCUGCACGACAGCCUACACGACUGCUCUCACUGGUUCUACACGCGCUGGAAGGAGUGGGAGUCGUGGUACUCGCAGAGCUUCGGCCUGCAUUUCUCCCUGCGGGAGGAGCAGUGGCAGGAGGACUGGGCCUUCAUCCUGUCCCUGGCCAGCCAGCCUGGAGCCAGCUUGGAACAGACACACAUUUUUGUUCUUGCACACAUUCUUCGUAGACCAAUCAUAGUCUACGGAGUGAAGUAUUACAAGAGUUUCCGUGGCGAAACAUUAGGGUACACUCGUUUUCAAGGUGUGUAUUUGCCUUUACUGUGGGAACAGAGCUUUUGCUGGAAAAGCCCCAUCGCCCUCGGCUACACGAGGGGCCACUUCUCCGCACUGGUGGCCAUGGAGAACGACGGCUACGACAAUCGCGGCGCGGGCGCCAACCUCAACACGGACGACGACGUCACCGUCACCUUCCUGCCACUCGUGGACAGCGAGAGGAAGCUUCUCCACAUCCACUUUUUAUCUGCACAAGAGAUGGGGAACGAGGAGCAGCAGGAGAAGCUGCUGCGGGAGUGGCUGGACUGCUGCGUGACGGACGGCGGGAUGCUGGUGGCUCUGCAGAAGAGCUCCCGCCGCCGGAACCACCCACUCGUCACGCAGAUGGUGGAGAAGUGGCUGGACGGCUACCGGCAGAUCCGGCCCUGCGCCUCGCUGUCCGACGGCGAGGAGGACGAGGACGAGGACGACGAGUGAGGGGUGGGGACGUCACCGUCGCCGCGUGAGAGACCACGCUCGGGGGAAGGGACGGCUCUGUCGCGGAAGGAGGUCGUCCGUCCGCCAUCUUUGGAAGGACUCGGGGGAAGCUGUUACUGUCUCGGAGUAUGGAACACCUUGAACACACACACACACACGCGCACACACACAUACACACACACGCAUACAAAUAAAAGGACAAAUGGAAGACUGACAGACAGACCUCUACUUUGCUGCAAAACAGAACUGGGAUGAAUUGAAAUAAAAGGAUUCUAGUUUACGGAAAAUAUUAUUGAUCUUAAGUCUUUUUUUUUUUUUUUUCCCCCAGAUGUAAAUCUCUAUCCGUAAAUGUAACUGCAUGUGGUUGUUUAAGAAAUUAUGUAAUAGGAAAAAAAUACCAGCAUUGACGAAGGAAUCUUUGUAUCGAUUUAUUAUGGGCACUUACAAAAGCACAUUUUCAAAAUGGUGUUUUAAAGAUUGUUUUUUUUUUUUUUUUUUUUUUUUCCCCGAAGAUGUGUAAUUGGCUCACUUGUGUUUUUUGGGAAGGGGAGAAAGCCAAUGUUACUAUCCCCUGUCCACAUUCUUCCAACACCAGAGAAAACCAUAUUUAGGAAAUUGUAUAUUUGACACUAAAUACCACACACUUAGUAAAAACAAAUUAUAUAUAAAUAAAUAUAUAUGCGUAUAUAGGUAUAUCUGCCCAAGUUAGAGACCGUAUGAAGGUAAGAAAAGGAAAAAAUCCCAUUCUAGCAUAAAGGUAGUUCAUUCUUUUUGGGUUUCACGAUGAAGAUCAUCACGAUUAGGCUUCUUUUCCUCCUUUGGCAUUUUGC